GGUGUUGUAAUCUUUAUACGAUUAUCUUUCUCUCUAUUAUUAACUUCUUGUCAAGAAAAAAAAGAAAAAAAAAAAGGAAAAGAAAAAAAAUCCUCUCUCUCUCUAAUCUCUAUUAACUGAUGGAUAAAGAUUUAGAAGUGAAAAUCUGUUAUCACUCACUCAUACAGUCAUAUUACAUCACUCAUUUUGGAGAAAAUUUAAUUUAAACUAGCUGCAAACACUCAUUUUGGCUUAUUUUGCUGAAAUUUAUUAUAGCCUUGAACCGUUUGAACUUUCCUAACCAAUAAUCUCCGUUACUUUCAGCCCUCCAAAUGAGAAAAAAUAAUCAUGUAUGUUUAGAAUUGUCAAAAGCUGAUCAAUACCAAUCUACUAGUAUAAAUUUGUGGAUAUCCAAAACCCAUCUAAUCACUCACUAUACACCUACUUACACUUUCUUUUUUCCUUGAAAUUUUUGUAGCACAUUACAUGAUGCAAUUGUUGUCAAUAGAUUAUGAUAUUGAUAACAUUAUUAUAGUUAUCAAGUAUGUUGCAUUUUAUCUGGCAACCUAUUUCACACUUAAGCAUACCAUCCUACGUUCCAAGGUUAAGGGCAAAUUGCCACCACGUCCAUUCCUCUCAGUCCCUAUUAUAGGCCACCUCUACCUCUUUAAGAAGCCCCUCUAUCGCUCCCUUGCCCGUUUGGCGGCCAAGUACGGCCCGGCCCUCUAUCUCAGGAUGGGGGCUCGGUCCGUACUUUUACUCUCCUCUCCGGAGGCAAUUGAGGAGUGCCUUGUUAAGAAUGACGUGUUUGUAGACCGCCCCCGGCUCCUCCCCGGAAAGCAUGGGGGUAAUAACUAUACUAACAUGGCAUGGUCCCCUUAUGGGAAACACUGGAAAAACCUACGACGGAUUGCUGCCGUUGAGAUCUUAUCACCUCAGCGGUUGCAAAUCCUGUCAGGGAUCCGGACUGAAGUAGCCCGGUCCUUCAUUCGUAGGAUGAUAAAGGAUAUCACUGAAAAUGGCGGAAUAGUGGAGAUGAAAUCCGCCAUUUUUGGGCUCACCUUAGAUAACAUGAUGAGGAUGUUAAUAGGGAAGAGUAACUACGUGGAGGCGAGGGGGGGAAUGGAAGCUUCUAGAAGGUUCCAAAAAACUAUGGAGGGUAGUUUUAGGGUGAGUGGAGUGAAUAACUUGGAAGAUUUUUUGCCAAUUUUGAAGUAUUUUAGGGUGUUUUUAGGAUCACCUGAGGAGUUCAUGAAGAAGUUAACAAAAGAAAGGAAUACAUUCAUGCAAGGAUUAAUGUUAGAACAUAGAGAGUUAGAAAGAGUAGGAAAUUUAUCUGAUGGGAGAAAGAGGGCAAUGAUACAUGUUUUAUUGUCCUUGCAAAAGGAGGAUCCUCAGUAUUAUUCCGAUGAGAUGAUUGGAAGCCUCAUUUUGGCCUUAUUUCAAGGUGGAACGGAUACUUCAGCCGCAACAGUAGAAUGGGUGCUUUCUCUACUUCUCAACAACCCCAAAGUCCUAAAGAAAGCACAAGAAGAAAUCGACACAAACGUAGGAAACACUCGUUUAGUAGAAGAAUCCGACAAGAACAACCUCCCUUACCUUCAAUGCAUCAUAAACGAGACACUACGAAUGUACCCUACCGGUCCCCUAGGACUCCCUCGUGAGUCUAGGGGUGAUUGUUACGUAGGGGGAUACUACGUCCCUAAAGGCUCUAUGUUAAUUUACAACAUAUGGGCGGUACACAAUGAUCCCAACAUAUGGGAUGACCCGAGAAAUUUCAAGCCAGAGAGAUUUUUGGAUCUAGAGAAAACUACAUUAGGGUACAAGUUCAUGCCUUUUGGUACCGGUAAAAGAGUUUGCCCCGGGGAGCACUUGGCAAAUAAAAUGAUUUGGUUGGCCGUCGCAAUAUUGAUCCAAUGCUUCGAUUGGGAACGAACUAGUAACGAUUUAAUCGAUAUGGAGGAAAGUGGUGGUCUUUCGUUAGUAAAACUCGUUCCUCUUUGUGUUAAGUGUGGUCUUCGGCCUUGUAUGAUGAACGUUCUAUCUCAACUCUAAAUCUUUAUGUUCGUAUUACACAUAUGAAUGUAUCAAUGUCUAGAAUAAAUAUCUGGUCCCUCUCGAUGCAUGAUUGUCCUCCGUUUUGUUCAUAGCAUUGUCCAAGUUUAAGAAUUUUCAACGUUAUUGGUGGGGAGUUUUGUGACUUUUGAGACGCAUUGUUUGCUGUCUAAUCAAUAAAAUUUCAUUUUUCAACGUUGUAA